GUUCCAUUCUGAAGCUUAAUAAAGGGACAGGGCGCGACAUCUAACUUGACUUGUAACGCGACUCGUACACGUAAGCACGUGAGUUAACUUUGACCAUGACUUCACCAGAUCUCUACUUCAUCAAACAACAAUUCACCCUCGGCGCAUACCCCGCCCUCUUAUCAAUCUCACUCCCAGACGACUCUUCACCCGACUACAUCCCUACUCUUCUCUACAAAGUCCGUGCACACCUGGCCCUGGGCGACGACACAGCAGCACUCGCCCUCCUUCCUACCGACACGGAGAAUAUCGUGCUCCGAGCGGCCGCUGCACUUGCAAGAGGCGAACAAGGCCUAGAAACACUCCGCGACUUAUGCGUAGAGAUAGAGGCCGAUGAAGACUCUGAGGAAUGGGAGAAAGAAACCGUCCAAGUUUUAGCUGCAACCGCGUUCAUACGUGCAGGCGAAAUAGAAGAAGCCCUCGAAACACUCCGUGGUGAAGGCAAAAUCGGUGAUGAACCAGCAGCGCUGCUAUCUCAAGUAUACCUCUCACUGGCUCGUCCAGCACUCGCCCAAAAGGUCCUAGCACCAGCAUUGAAAGCAAACCCAGACGCACUCGUCCUCCAACUCGCAGAAUCAGCCAUCUCCCUCGUAACAGGCUCACAAGGCACAAGCGGCGAACCAUACGCACCCGCACUCUCAUUCUACAGUGAACAAGUAGCAAACCCCUCUAUUUCCUCUGCCGCUCUCCUAGUUGGCAGAGCAGUAGUCCGCAUCCUCCGCGGCGAACUCUCCCCUGCCCAGAGCGAUCUAGAAGAAGCAGAAUCAAUCCUCACCCGCGCUAAAUGCGAACAAGGCUCUAGUGAUAUGCUCGUUGCUAUGGUCGUUGCUGCUGGCCUGAGCGCCAAAAAGGGCGAGGCUGAUCAGUUAUGGAGUCGCCUGUUAAAGCAACAUCCUUCCCAUCCCUUGGUCGCAGAUAUCGGUGCUAAGGAACUUUUGUUCGAUGAAUGCGCUUCCAAGUUUGAAGUUCCUCCUAGAGCUGUUGCUGUGGCUUAGAAUGAAUUGGGUUGUGUAUAACCCAUGUAAUGACAAUAACAACACCGCGGCGGUGGAACAGGAAUACACAUUUGCAAACUUUCCUUUCAUAUAUAGAGCAGCAGUUUAAUGAGCUCCGGAUCGACAUCCACGAUCAACCGGACGUAACAUGUCGUCAUCCCUCCACAGCUCGCUGCUGUCAUGUCAUGUGAAAAUGUGUUUGCC